AUGAUUACGCCUGUCUUUGACGUUAUAGGGAGUUUUCCUGGCAUUGCAGGCCUUCCUGCGCGACCCUCAUGCCCCGCUCCAUCGGAAGAGGUCUCCAGCUCGUCUACCACGGUAAGCGAGCUGGACCUUGAUAUGACCGAUAAGCAGCUUUUGCGCCACGCCAUCGCCCAGUCCUCGCACCGCGGCCUCAAGCUGAAGAGGCUGCGAGAGACACUAAAAGCGUCAAAAUUCGACCAGGAGAUCCUCCAUAAGAACUACGAGGCUCGCCUUAAGACAUACUACGCACAGUGCGAAAAGCUAAACAGGGAGCUGGAGGAGGCCAUCCUCGACUACAGAGCGGCCGCAGACGUCGCCGACGCAGCCGAGGAACGCAUCGACGAGCUCACAGGCGAGAUAAGCGCGUUGAUGAAGGAAAAUAGCCGCGUCCGCAAGGCCUGUGCGCGCUAUAAGCGCCGAGCAGCCGGAAUACGCCCUAUGCUUCGCCGCAGUCUGCCCGAUAAGGUAACCAUGCCUGCGUGCGUGAUCUGCCUAGACAGGGAGCGCACGCACGUUCUAAUGCCCUGUGGACAUGCCGCCUACUGCGAACAAUGCGCUAAUGUCCUCGAUGAGCAAGCAAGGAUCCGCGGAAGGCCGAUAGAGUGCCCCCUUUGCCGCAAGGUGGCAAUAAAAGCCCAAAAGCUCUAUUUUUAA